UAGUCGUCUAGUCAUCAACACACUGUAGUAACAGCUCCAUGUGGAUGCACGUGCUGUCGAAUGGGAUUUAAACAUUGGACUCGGCCACUCAAGCUAUGACUUCUCAACAUUAUGGCAAAACUGUCACAAGGAUUGUCUUUGAAAUGCUAGUAAAAGGAUGGAUUGUUCCACUGUGCAUGUUGAUACAUGUCUGCUGGCCCGAGGAUUAGACACAAGUUACUCCAGAGAUCGAGUUAGUAACUGCUGCGGUUCUGGACACGAGCACAACGUCAGGGUUGCUCAACAUCACAGCAGACGAGAAUGGCAACAAAACUAUUUUCUCUUUUACUUGGUGGGAUAAUAUGGUUUUCCAUGGCGUCCGUGGUGUAUUUCUUCUACCACGAGAGCACCUUACAGCCAACAAACAGGAGAGCGGUUUUUCUUAUGAUUGAAGGAGAAAGCCGCCAGGAAAACGACGGUCCGGAACGGGCAAGAAGUCGAACUAAACUGGGAUCAUCGAACGAGCUCGCCGACUCGGAGUUCGGUCAACUCGGCCGGGACGUGCCGAGGUUUGGCCCCGGGGAGAACGGUCAGCCAGUGCUGCUCUACGGCGAAGCGAAGGAGAGGGCAGACGACACCAUGAAAGUGCACAAUUUUAAUUUAGUUGUCAGCAAUAUGAUAUCUGUGGAAAGAACAUUGAAAGAUACGAGACAUGAGAGGUGUAGAAGCAUCAACUACCACGUUUCGGCGCUUCCAUCAGUCAGUGUCAUUAUAGCAUUUUACAACGAGGCCUGGUCGGCGCUCCUAAGGACCAUCUACAGUGUUUACAACAGAAGCCCAACGUCCUUGCUCAAAGAAAUAAUCCUAGUGGACGAUAGCAGCGAUGACGGAGAUAUAGUGGAACAUAUGAAAGCCAUCCCCCGUCGGGUCCGCAUCAAGGUGAAGCUGGUUCAGACCAAGCGCAGAGAAGGGGUGGCCAAGGCCCGACUCUUGGGGGCUGGAGAGGCCGUUGGGGAAGUCUUGGUGUUUCUGGAUUCUCAUAGUGAAGUCAACACACACUGGUUAGAGCCUCUGCUGGAUGCAAUCAACAGAGAUCGCUCAACGGUGGCCGCACCAGUCACAGACGUCAUAGAUCAUGAAACGCUAGAGUACGUAGAGUCUGGGAUUUCUCGUUCAGUCUUCAGAUGGGAUCUCAGCAUCAAACAGUCGCCGCUCUCUAAGGCUGAUCUCGCUGAUAGGCACAGCCCUGCUGAGCCUCUGAGAACACCCGUUUUGGCAAAUGGCAUCUUCGCCGUUGACAGGAAUAAUUUUGAGAGGAUCGGAGGGCUGGAUAACCAAAUGGAAGGAUGGGGUGGAGAGACACUGGAGUUUUCCCUCAGGGUAUGGAUGUGUGGUGGAAACGUUCAAAUCAUCCCAUGCUCCAGAGUGGGUCAUAUCGACCGUAAGGAAACACCCUAUGAUUUCCCAGGCGGUGUAGAGUCUACAUAUCUCCACAAUGUUGGACGCGUCGCUGAAAUCUGGAUGGACGACUUCAAAAAGGACUUUAAUGCAGCAUUACCAGAAGCACAAAAUAAAUAUUAUGGCGACAUCGCAGACAGAAUAGCGUUAAGAGAUAGAUUAGCAUGCCAUCCCUUCAAGUGGUACCUGGAGAAAGUUUACCCCAGCCUGCAAGGGACAGCUCAGGAUAAGCUGGUUGCUUGGGGAAGGUGCCACAACAAGCAGGCUAACCUGUGUGUUGACACGGUCAAAGCUGGAGAGAGUAAACCAAUCGGUGUCGCCAAAUGUGGAAAGGGGCUACCAAGCCAGGCAUUUAUGAUCACACUGGAUGGUGAGUUCCGUUGGGAAGACCUGUGCUUAGACCUGGCUGACUACAGGCCUGGACAAAAACUGACACUAGAGGGCUGCCACGGAAUGGGAGGCAGCCAAGAGUGGAAACAUAGCAAGCCGGGUCAUAUAACCCACAAAGAGAGCGGUAUGUGUUUAGACGUUGCUGGUCUCCAAACCAAAGUUCUCGUCAUCAACGUUUGCCGAGAACGGCCCACGGAAUCCUGGGAAUUCGCUCAUUACAGAAAACCAAAGAAAAGCUGAUGAAGAAUAUGUUAUCACUACGAUUAUUUAAAUAUUUUUUAUGCAAUUGAUAGAAAAAACAUCAAAUGGUAUUUUUGUAAGUAUUAGGUGAUCCCCGUACAGCACAAAAUUUUCCUAUACUGGGAUGGUGCAGCGUGGCAUCAUAGUGAAAGUGAAGAAAGGAAAUAAACAAAGUGGUGGAUAAAAAGCACAAGAAGUUGAUAAAAUCCAACAAAACUGUGGUGCAGGUUCAAAAGCUUGACUUGAAGAUUAAGAGGAGCCUCAUCACUUUAAUGGCAGGCAGGGCGGCUUUCUGGAAGGCGGUGGUUGAUGUAGCCAGGACAGCAGCUGCAGGCAACUGGUUCCAAAGCUCCACGGUGCAUUGAUGGCAGGAGAACUUGUUUAGGUCAACUGGUAUAUUUCAAUUGGUGAUAAUGAUGAUGAUGCGAUGGCUUAGUCUAAUCCAACACCAACUCGGGACUGGGUGGCAGCCCUCCACUCUUCCCUUUCCAGUAUUAGGGUUCUCAUCUCCCCUGUGUCACUAAGGCCAACAUCCCACCGCAAAGUGUUGAUGAAUGUGGCUCGUCGCUGUCCCCUGUCCACCAGAUUGAAGCGUUGGUGUUUGAUCAGCAGAGUGUGGGUUCGAGUCCCAGUCGUGACACUUAUUAAGUAAGACACUUAACCAC